CUUCCUACCGCAGGGAGCGCGGUUGAAUCACCGAGCGCGCCUCCGCCGGAUCUCCUCUCUCCAGCCGUCACACCCACUGCUCGGUGUCGUGGGUUCACCCCGUGGAGAGGGGGAGGACCGACGGCUUCACGCGGCAGCAGAGAGUGCUGCAGUGCGAGCGCAGCGGGGGACGCGGAGGGGAGAGAAAACACAAAUCAGCUGCCUUCACUGGCGAAAACUUGGUGUAUGGAGACAUCCGCAGCAGCGUAGCGACGCGGGCCGACAUGGAAGAGUAUCUGCGGAGGGUCCAGAGCAGACUCGGGGCAGAUGUAUCAGAGGGUCCCGUUCAUGCCGUUUUAGGUGGACCAGAGCCAGAUGUUGACACUGUGGCUGCAACACUAUGCUUAGCGCUCCACCUCAACCAGAAGGAACCGUCAGGUGGAGUGUGUGUGCCGGUGCUGUGUGGUCGGCGAUUCCACACUGUGUUACCCGAGGAGACGGUGACGUAUCUGCAGAGGGUGAAAAUUUGCGAAAGCUUACUGCUGUGGAGGGAUGAUGUGGAUCUUGUGAAGCUUCAUCACACUGGAAAUCUGUCUGUCACACUGCUGAGAGAUGGACUGCUGGACAGCUCUGAGUACCACACUUUGGAGUCCAGCAUCCUGCAAGUGGUCCAUCAUGAUGGGCAGCAGGGCGCAGGGGAUGAUGGGGCACUGUCCGCGGUGACGACAGUCACCGGAGAGAUUCUUCAAGAGGCAGCAGAGCACAUCAGAGCAGCGCUGGGGGAGAUCCUCGGAGAGGCCUUGCGACUACAACGAGAUGCUGUGUGGAUCAAACAUGGCCGUCAGUCAUCACAGCUGGAGGAGCUCAUGAGUUCCUUGGAGGAAUGGAGUGAUGAAGACAAAUUACAAGACUUGAUGCAGCCGCUGACUGUGGAGCUGAAGGAGUUUUCUGAUGGGGAGAUGACCAUAGCGCUCACUUCACUGACCACAGAUAAGGAGGACUGGCAUGGUUACGUGGAUACGCUGAAAUCAUUCAGUCAUAGCCGUGGAUACGACAGUCUUGUGGUUCUGUUGUCCAUCUGUGAUACAGUUCAUCAUCCCCGCCAGCAGGUGGUGGUCUACUCAAGCAACACAGAUAUCUUAAACCAGAUUUGCUCUGAGUUGGAAGAGUCCUCCAGCUGGUCUCUGUCUGGUGAACUCGAUGCUAGUGAGGGUCUUCAGGUCUACCACAUUCCUAUAAACACCUCAGCAUCCUCCGGUACUCCUCCGCUGCUGGAGGAAGAGAUCCGAGGCAUCCUUAAGGACUUUGUCGACCGGCGAAGUUCUGUAUUAGCUUGCCACCCGAGCAGUAGGACGUCUUCCACAGAGGGAGUAGCAGGCAGCGUGGAGUUCUCCCAGGGUUCAUCUGGUAUCAAUGAAAUGGAUGGUUCUGACAUAGAGAGAACCGACGGAGGCAAUGGAGAUGUGGUGGCAAUAGCAAGAGUGAUGGCAGAUGUUGAAGAGGACACAGGAGGUGUAGGAGUCAGUGCUGGUGGGGAACUAGUAAGCCCUGACAGUGGGAUGACAACCAUUCGUAGCAGCCGGUCCUCCAAGGAGAGUUCAGUGUUUCUCAGUGAUGACAGUCCAGUUGGUGAAGUUGUAGCAAGUGGAGGUCCAGCAGCAGGACCAGUAGGACUCUUCCUCAGAAACCCCUCUCCUCUGGGGUUGUCGUCUCUCUCUCCUCCUGUUCCACCUGAGAGGAGGAAGCACCGCUCCAGCAGAAAUAGGAGUGACAACUUUGACCUGUUUAGUUUUGACCCAUUACAUAGCAGUGAGCACUCUAUGCCAACAGGUGGGGAAUUGCCACAUUCUGGAGACAGAGGAGAUGAAGGCGAAAGAAGAGCAGGGAGCUCGAGCCUAUCAGAGCUUGAAGAGUUAAGCCUGCUAGAUUUCUCUGCUUCAAACUCUUUGGGAGGGCUUGAAAGUGGAAAUUCCUUAAAUGAUCACCAUGGUCAAAUCCAUGGGAAUGAGAUGAUUGACACUGUGGUUCCACCAACCCCAGUCAACAGCUUGGUAGGUAGCCGCCCGCCCAGCAGUUGUGGAGUCAGGUUCUUCCCAGAAGAUGUAGUUGAAAGAAUCAAUGGCCUUCAACACAAAGACAGCGUCUCAUCAUCCUUGUCAGAGACAUGGGAUGAACUUGGCUUUGACACACAAGGAACAUUAUCUUCAAGUGAUAAUAAUGCCUGGAAUAGGCUCAAAGACUCUGAGAGUCCCCAGAAUAUUGUGGAAGAAGUUAGAGGCAAAGACUUACUUAGGGACCCAACAGAAACAGAAAGCAGAGAGGAGAUCUUAAAGUCAGAGAAUGCCUACCAGAAGGGAAAGAGCCUUGAACCCCAGCUUAGUCUGAUAACUGAGCAGACUGAAUCAUAUGACGACUGGAACCCAGAGUCUGUACUAACAGACCAAUGGAACCCUGUCUCUUUGGCUGAUCUACAACUAACACCACCAGAGGAUGAAGUAACUAGAAAAUGGAAAGCUGGUAUCAUUGCAGCAAAAGAAAGAACCUCAUCUUUAUCAAGUAAGAAAACUAUUCUAAACACUUUAACACCAGAUACAUCGAAAGAGGAAGACGAAGGAGUUCAAGGGAAAAAACGAGACCUACAGAUGGAGGUCUUGGAUUUCUGGACGUACUCAGCUCAGAAAGGAUUUCUCAAAUCUGAAUGCAGAACCACCACACCUUUCCCUGAAUCACUAGAUAUGUGGAAUAUGACAAUCCGGGAUGACAGUCUAUCACCUCUCACAACCCCCGACAACUUGUCUGAAAACUCAGGCUCCUUCUGUGGUCUGAAUCCAAAUAUUAGGAGCGGCACAUCCGUUGAAAGUCCAGUGGGAUAUGGUGGAAUGGAGAUGUGGAACACCACCAUACAGGAAGACAGCUCUUCCACAGUAACAAGCCCAGAAGGACCUGAAAACGGAAAGGACCUUAGUCACAUGGGAUCCUUGGAUGCCAGUGAUUCUCUUGAGAAACAUGCGAGAAAACAAGCAGAAGAAAAAGUUUUAGAAGAGGAAAGUGGCCUGUGUGCAGUAAUUAAUGAGACACUUGAUGAAGUUGGGUGGCGAAGUAAUGAACACAAUGUGCAAAUAGUCAUAGAGGCUGUAGAAGGUGGAACAGAGGGUGAAGAAGCAGGGGACGAUGACCUGCAGAGUGUUCAGAGUCAACAGUCUGUCUCACAGAAAUCAGCAUCUGAAAAAGAGACUUCCUCCUACCAAGGUGCUGACAUGUGGGACUUACCUGUCCAAGGCAUGGUCACCUCCACCUCUGAAUAUGACAACGUAGGAGCUGGUACAUGGAGCCUGACAUCUUCCCCUGACACCUAUGCUAGCCCUGUAGCAGACAUGGUAGAGUUAGAGGGGGAAUCCAGCCCUUUCAUGGCUGUGACCAAACCUAUUCAGAUAGAUGAGAGUCAAAUUCAAUAUCAGGAGGCUGAUCCGAUGAGAAAAAUCGAAGACAGAGCAGCAACAGAUAGAGAGCAGUCGGCCAACCAAGUGUUCCUGUUUGAGGGAACUAGUGAUUUGGGUCACAUGACCAGGAGAUGGGGCAGCUCAGUUGAGAGUAAGUAUGGCGACCAAUGCAGAGCAGAAUCAGAGGAGGUUGACUGGAUAGAGCAACAGAAGGAUCGUUCCCCAUUUGUUCUGGUGGACUCCUCCUACGUCACUCAGCAAAUUUCAGAAAGUCCAGAGGCAGCUGCUGAUCAGUCAAUCAAAAUGGCCCACAAUCAAGAUGAGCCUGCUGUUGAAAGCCAAUGGAGUGCGAACCAAGAGAGCAAUGGAAAUGUGGAGGGCAAAAUAACACAAGCUGCAUCUCUGAGUUCUGGCCCUGGUGUUGAGGGAGACACACAAAACAGUCCUGACAGCCUUCACACAGGUAGUCAAGAUAAACAUGGGUCCAGUUCUGACGGAGAUUCAUUCUCAGGCUUAGAAAUGGAAUACAUUAUUGUGUCUGGCACAGUGAAAGAAACCAAGAGAGAGUGGCAUGAUAGACCUAAACAGGGUGUCAGGCAAUCAAAAGGAGCAAGAAAGUCUAUGGAGACAUUUAGCAUGCUGUCCUAUGCAGCCUCAGUACUGCAAAGUCAGGCCCAAACCACACAUCGAGAUCACCAGGAAAACACACCGGAAAGCAGGCAAAAUAGUAGUGCAGAUAAAGAGCAAAAUCAAACCAUCUUAUCCCUUCACCACCAAGCAAGUCUUGAUAAUAUCACUGAGCGCCACAUGGUGCCAGAAAUAGUUAGAUCCAGCCAAUCAAAAAGCAGCUCUGAAGGUUUUCAUCACUCAGAUUCUAGACAAACAGGUUGCAGUCAAUCACAAGGAGAAGAAAGAAACAAUGACAACGAAUCCAGCCUUCCAGCCCGAAGUGUGUCACCAUCAUUAAGAUAUCCAUCAGACCACUUCCUGAAAACCAGAGAGGAAGUUUAUGUCCAUUCACAGAUCUCAAUGGAAGAUUCAGAUGAGGGUGGUCACUCACCAUCUGCACCUCCACCGUGUCCUGCUUCCUUGGGUGACUUGCAAGUGUGGGGGGGUCAGCUAACGAGACAGGACACGUCUCAAACCACAUCUGAACCACAAUCCCCUGUACUCACCAACAGUUCGGUCUCCCACACUAGCUCUCUGAUUGGCACCCCAGUAAGUGAAUUGUGUAUUUCUACUGACAAAGGACUUGGAUUACCAUUUUCUGGAGAUUUAAUGGAAGAGGAGGAACAGGAAGAGGAAACUGAUCUAGAGCACACAAGCCUCCCAAAAUGGACUUCAGAAGUACAACAUGAGACGGAAGAGAGACAGCAAUUGGGAUCUUCUGACCUGCUGAGUUUUACAGAGGACCUGAUUGGAGGUUCUUCAUUUCAGCAAACAGAUUUACAAGCACUCGAACCAAACAGGGAGGGGUUUCUCCAGAACAGAGUGGAUUACUACGAUGGACAAUCUAUAAGGACCGAUGAUCGUGAUAAGUGGUCUAUUGAACAACAGAGUGUCGACCACGAAGAACCUCACGAUAGUUAUUCACCUGUUUUAAGAGGACACCAAGAUGAGAUAUCGCAACUGUUAUCCCACCCAACUGUUGAAAAUGAUGCAUACCAGUGGAGAGAAAGUCAAAACGCAACUCAGGGUCAAACCCAGUAUGGCUACAACUAUCAUCACAUUGACCAAAGAACUGAAAACCAAUGUACCUACCAAGCUUGCGCAGAUACCAAAUCCAGCAGCCACCAGAAUAGCACAGAUGUCUAUGCUGAGUUUACCACUAAUGCCGCAGCUGUACAGUACAGAUCUGAGCAGUCUGAGAACUACUUUGAAGCUGGAAUUACCUCCCAGUACAGCCUGGAUGAUGCAGGUUUCCAGUGUCAGUAUGUAGCUGAAAGCCAAUAUGUAGCUGAAUCCACACCUGAACUCCAGUACUCUCAGGAUCAUGCUGCAGGCCAGAGUCAGUAUGAGUCCGACCAUGCUCAUUAUCAGAUUGACGGACAGCCGUUCUACCAAUCAGAUGUCCACUCUGAGAGAGAAGAUCAUGCACGGUAUGUGCCGGAGGGAUAUGUUCACUUUCUCCUAUCAAGACACUCCCAACAGGGAGCUGGUGCAGCGGAGAUGAUGAUGAAGACGGCCUCUAGUGAGGAAGCAGCUGACGAGGGGGACGACAGACAAGACCCACCCUCCUCAGCAGAUAUAUCAGGUGGAUCUAAUCAAAGGAGAAAGCUGGCAGCCCCACCAAUGAACGUGUCACUGGACCACAGUGAGGGGUCUCUUCUCUCAGAGGACGCCCUGGACACAGAGGACGAUGGUUUGGAUACUGGGGAUGACCUGGAUGUCAACAUCGAUGAGAUGGACACACCUGAUGAGGCUGACUCACUGGAAUUCAACAGACACGAAGACUCGGAGGAGUCGAAUCUGGGCGCUGGAGCAGCAUCCAGUGAUCCUAUGGCAGGCCACAGAGCAGCUGAGGAGAGCAGCGACAGUCGGCUGUGGAGGAGUGUGGUGAUUGGAGAGCAGGAGCAUCGCAUUGAUAUGAAGUGCAUCGAGCCAUUCAAAAGAGUAAUUUCUCAUGGAGGUUAUUAUGCUGAACAGAAUGCCAUCAUCGUGUUUGCAGCAUGUUUCCUCCCAGACAGCGACUGUGACAAUUACAAUUAUGUGAUGGAAAACCUUUUCCUGUAUGUAAUAAGUACAUUGGAACUAAUGGUGGCAGAAGAUUACAUGAUUGUUUACCUGAAUGGAGCCACUCCUCGCAGGAGGAUGCCUGGUUUUACCUGGAUGAAAAGGUGCUACCAAAUGAUAGACAGAAGACUAAAGAAAAACCUGAAGAUGUUCAUCAUUGUUCAUCCUUCCUGGUUCAUACGGACUUUGCUGGGAAUCACUAGACCCUUCAUAAGCUCUAAGUUCAGCAGUAAGAUCAAAUAUGUGAACAGUCUGCGGGAGCUUGGAGAAAUCAUCCCAAUGGAGUAUGUCCACAUUCCACCCAGCAUCAUCAAGUAUGACGAGGAGAGGGCUAUACACAAAUUUGCAUGCAUGAGACUGGAUACAGACUUGCAGGACACGGCAGCUAAGUAAGUGAGCUGACAAGGGGAACUCUGCUGUUUGACCAUAAUUGGCUGCCGCCUGUCUUCCUGCUGUGUUAUGCUGUACUCUACCACAGCAUGUGUGAAUAUAAAGCCAGCCUGCAGCAUGACGUGUACCACACACAGGUGUUACACCAACAACUAGCAGCGGACUCAGAGAGGAAGAUGCUGUGGUACAAAACAUCAGGCAAGGGCUUGUUCAUUGAGGAAAGUUCAAAUCUGAGGGUAAUGAAUAUACAGUAAUGCUGUAUUUGCAGAGCAGAAACUAUCACUGUGCUGAAGGGAAGAUGCUUUACUCUGUAUUAGAGGACAUUGCACAGCACUUAAUCAAGGGCCCCAUUUUGAUUUCUUUUGCUUCAUCUUGAAUGUGAAACAGGCAUUUAUUCAUAUGGAACUGCGCCAGAGGUAUCAUUUAAUGUCUUUGGAAGGUUUUUCCCUUACUGGCUUUCAUGCAUUAAUAACAUUCAUGUGUUAAUAAUUUAGCCAUGGUAAUAAUAAUUGGAUUUUCUAAAGCCAUAGUGAGGCUCAUGACUCUUUCAACAUAUAACCAAAUACAGGUACAUGCAAACAGAAGUCGCAUUACAUCCCUUCUGUUCACAUAUUAAUAUUUGUGUUCCCAGGAUAAUAGGGGUGUUAUUCUGUAGCCCUGUCAAUAGAUUGUAAUGUUAAGAGAUUCUCUAUUUAGACUGUAAUUUUAGGUAAUCAAGUUUACAGAAAUAUAAUCCGCACAGAUAAACUUUGCACUGUAUAAGUUUGUACUGGCAUGAGGCAAAAUGGUCAGGCUGGUUUGUGAACCAUUUCUUAAAAUGUAGGCGGCUUCCAUCACAGUGGGGUUUUACAUUGUGCUACUUCUUUGUCCAUCACCUCAGUCACUCCUUUAAGACAUGAGUAGGCUGAUCUGAGAACAUCAUAUAAGGUAGCAAAAAAGCAGUUCUCAUUAGCUGCAGUAAUGUGUUGCAUGCUUUCAGUUGUUACAACUGGAGAAAACUCUGACUUAACGCCACAAUAAGGUUUGUCCAUUUCUACAUAUGUAUGUGCAAGAGACGGACAAAGAUGACUUGGAGUGUGGUGAAGAAAUUCUUUAUGUGCAUUGACAAUGACAGAGAUACAGUAUAGAAAAUGCACACUGUGCAGGUUGGGACAUGUCUACAUUUCUUUGUGGUUUCUUAAAUUUGUACAUGUCUGUGGCAUGCAUGGUAUUCAUUUGACGUGUAAUAUGUAACAUGGUUUACUUCAUUAAACGUGUUCCUCCCA